AGGCAUGGCCUUCAUCGUGUUCUGUUCUAAGGGCUGCUUUCCACCUCUUGCACUUUGCGCGAGACUUUUGCUCCUGGACAGUAGGGAACAGCUUUUCAUUUCUGUGCGGGGGGCACACAGUAGGCGCCUAAUGCCUUUUACCGAAUGGAUGCAGUACAAGGAUGAAUGAGUGCGUCUCCGCCAGCCAGUUUCCUGUCUGUCUUUCCCCCGGGAGGCCCGAGCAGCAGGGUGUGGCGCCCCUGGCGGGUAGGGCUGGGGCCGGUGCGCCCUCCACCCUUCCCUGCUCCGUGGUCCCGGACUUUGCCUCCUACGCUCACAAAUACCCUAGAGGUUGUCCAGCCAACGUCCUCACUGCACGGACGAAGAAAUGAAGGCUCAGAGAGGAGAAGGCAUGUGCCCAAGGUCACACAGCUCAUUCAUGGCAGGGCCAGGACUUAGAGUUAGAACACGGGCGUCCUGCGCUCCAGCCCAGGGCGCCGGCCGCACUUCGUCGCCUCUCCAGGGCCGCUCAAGGGGAGGCAGGUGGUUCAGCGAAGGCCGGGCCACCGUCCUCCCCUGCUCUCCGCCGGUCCCUCUUCGGGUCUCGAUUCCAGCCUCUUCCCUUUCCCUCUCAAGUCCGGUUCCUGCCUGAACUCUACCACGCAACCUGGGAACAAGAUCCUGCCCUGGGGUUCCGGGACUCGGUGUCCUCUCCCCACCCCUCAAGCCCCUGGAAGCUGCGGGAAUCAGGAUGGGGAGGGAGGUUGGCUGGACCUCGGGCGCCCCUCGGCGGAGGCCAGACCCGGAGCUGCGGCUGGAACAGUCUCUGGAGGGGCGCGCGGGGAGCGGCCUCGGGCGCGGGGACCGGCGGUGGGGAGCCCCUGUUGCUUCUUCUCUUUGGGGGGGUGGUUAUUAGGUAGGCUCGGGAAGGCGGAGUUUGGGGGGCCGGGGGCGGGGCUCGACUGCGUGGCGAGGAAGAGGGGGGAGCGCUGGCUCCGACUCGGCUCAGACAAAAGGCGGCGGCGGGAGCGGGCGGGAGGCGGAGCGGCGCCGCGAGGGCCUCAAGGUGACACCCGCCCCCGGCCCCGGCCCCCCCAGCCCGGCCCCCAGCCCGCCUCCCCGCCCCGGUCCCCAGACCCCUCUCCCCCGGUGCCCUUCCCAGGCCCCCUCCCCCCGGCAGGGGGGGUGGGGAGCAGUGAGGGCCCCGCCCCCUCCGCCCCCUCCCCAGGGCCCGCGCAGGAUGCCCCCGGCCCCCAGCAGCCCCCCGGGAGGUCCUGAGCUCGACGCGCCCCCUCUACGCCAUGUCCCCCCCUGGCUCGGCCGCGGGAGAGAGCGCCGGCGGCGGCGGCGGCGGUGGCGGCGGCCCCGGGGUCCCGGAGGAGCCCAUGGCGGCAGUGGCGGACGAGGGCCCCGCCCGAGAGGAGCAGCGUCCCAUCCAGCCCUCUUUCACCAAGUCCCUCUGCCGUGAGUCCCACUGGAAGUGCCUCCUGCUCUCGCUGCUCAUGUACGGCUGCCUAGGGGCCGUGGCCUGGUGUCACGUCACCACGGUGACCCGCCUCACCUUCAGCAGCGCCUACCAGGGCAACAGCCUCAUGUACCACGACAGCCCCUGCUCCAACGGCUACGUCUACAUCCCCCUGGCCUUCCUGCUCAUGUUGUACGCCGUCUACCUGGUGGAGUGCUGGCACUGCCAAGCGCGCCACGAGCUGCAGCACCGCGUGGACGUGAGCAGCGUGCGGGAGCGCGUGGGCCGCAUGCAGCAGGCCACGCCCUGCAUCUGGUGGAAGGCCAUCAGCUACCAUUAUGUCCGCCGCACCCGCCAGGUCACCCGGUACCGCAACGGAGAUGCCUACACCACCACCCAGGUCUACCAUGAACGCGUCAACACGCACGUGGCCGAGGCCGAGUUUGACUACGCGCGCUGCGGCGUCCGCGACGUGUCCAAGGCGCUGGUGGGGCUGGAGGGCGCGCCGGCCACACGGCUGCGCUUCACCAAGUGCUUCAGCUUCGCCAGCGUGGAGGCCGAGAAUGCGUACCUGUGCCAGCGCGCGCGCUUCUUCGCCGAAAACGAAGGCCUGGACGACUACAUGGAGGCGCGCGAGGGCAUGCAUCUCAAGAACGUGGACUUCCGCGAGUUCAUGGUGGCCUUCCCGGACCCGACCAGGCCGCCCUGGUACGCCUGCUCGUCGGCCUUCUGGGCCGCGGCGCUGCUCACGCUGUCCUGGCCGCUGCGCGUGCUGGCCGAGUACCGCACAGCCUAUGCGCACUACCACGUGGAGAAGCUCUUCGGCCUGGAGGGCCCCGGCUCGGCGAGCAGCGCGGGCGGCGGCCUGAGCCCCAGCGACGAGCUGCUGCCCCCGCUCACGCACCGCCUGCCGCGGGUCAACACGGUGGACAGCACGGAGCUCGAGUGGCACAUCCGCUCCAACCAGCAGCUGGUGCCCAGCUACUCGGAGGCGGUGCUCAUGGACCUGGCGGGGCUGGGGGCGCGCUGUGGCGCAUCGGCGGCGGGCGGUGGCUACGCGCCCACGUGCCGCUACGGCGGGGUGGGCGGCCCGGGCGCGGCGGGCGUGGCCCCGUACCGGCGCAGCUGCGAGCACUGCCAGCGUGCGGUCAGCAGCUCAUCCAUCUUCUCGCGCAGCGCCCUGAGCAUCUGCGCCAGCCCGCGCGCCGGCCCGGGGCCCGGCGGCGGCGCGGGCUGCGGGGGCAGCCGCUUCUCGCUCGGCCGCCUCUACGGCUCGCGGCGCAGCUGUCUGUGGCGCAGCCGGAGCGGGAGCGUCAACGAGGCGAGCUGCCCCACGGAGCAGACACGCCUGUCGAGCCAGGCCAGCAUGGGCGACGACGAGGACGAGGACGACGACGAGGCCGGGCCGCCGCCGCCCUACCACGACGCCCUCUAUUUCCCGGUUCUGAUCGUCCACCGGCAGGAGGGGUGUCUGGGCCACAACCACCGGCCGCUGCACCGCCACGGCUCCUGCGUGGAGACCUCACUGUGACCUGCGGUCUCCGCAGCGACCCGCGCUCGCUGCCCUCCCGUGAGCCCCGCGUGCAGCGGGCGGAGGGCGUCGCGCGGUGACCGAGGCCGUGCAGGGUACGACCCGCAAGGGCUGGGGAGGUGAGGGCGCCCCGGAGACUUCCGCUGGGGCCCUGUAUAUAGCGAGACGGGUGGGUAGGAAGGGGUGGGCAGCUCCUGCCUCCAACAGCCCCCUCGUCCCUCGGGGGACGCCUCUUCUCCACGCCCACUCGACCUUUCCCGGCCAGACCUCCUCUCCCAUUCCCCCCCACCCCCACCCCGGGGCCUCCUGACUGUUACUUGACGACCGGGUGCGUGCAGCUGGGGCCCUGUUGGUCCAGGCCCUCCCUGGGCUGCGGUGGGGGAAGGGAACUUGGGCUUCCCUUCUUUGGUUGCUCCGGGGGCCUUUGCGGAGGCAGCCGAGGUUUGGCGGACAGCAGGGCUGGCUUCCCCCCAGCUGAGAAACUCAGCGGCUCCGAGGCUGGGGCCAGGUGGCAGCCCCAGUGUGCCAUCCCAACGCCCUGGAAAUGUCGACCUCUCUUGGCGCUGGCCCCAAAGCUGGGGCUUUCCUUUCCACAGCUCCCUCCGCUCUGCUGUUGUUUAUCUCGCUGGCCCCAGGAGUCCGGGUCUCGGUGGAACUGUGCACAUCGCACAGGCAUCGCUCACCUCCGGCUCCCUGGCGGGGGAAGGAGCGUGGCCAGGGCGCAGGGCAGCAGGGCAGCGGCUGUUUGGUGGGGGAGGCAGGGAUGGGGCGGCUUGUGGCAGGCCCUGUGCCUCAGCCCUGCCUCUGAACUCUGCAGCCUUCCCGCUGGGUCCAGAGCCCAGGCAGCACUCACUGAAGCUGACCAGGGUGAGCGACUCAGAGAGCGCAUGGGACACACCUGAGUGACAAGGAGCAGCUCUGGAAGCGGGUGGGGGUUAAGGGGGAGGGGCAGUGCAGGGCAGAUGGAGGGAUCUACCUGGUGGGGACACUGCUUGGCCCUGGGAUCUGCCCCUAGGGGCUGAGCACGUUGUCCAAGCUCCAGCCGAAGGGCCACUCAGUCCCAGUGGCAGGGUCAGAGACAGGAAUUCUCUCCGUCUUGCCCAGCCCCUGCAGUCUCUUCUGUUCCAUGAGCUGAAGCCCUGCUGUGUGUCCCAGGGUCUUCAGAGGGGCAUCCUGUCACACCCCCCCCCCCACGCUGGCCCCGGUCCUGUUCCCCCACCGAGGCUCAGGCACCCCGUCUGUCCCUGUGCCGGCCUCCGCCCGAUGUGCUUCAGUGUGCAUGUCUGUGUGCGAGCCCUGCUCCUCCACUGCCCUGGCUAAAGUUUCCCCAGCAGAUUUAGCGCCCGAGGAUCGAGCUCCCAUUUCCGGCUAGAGAGGAUAAAUAACCCCUGGGCCCCCAAGGCACCACUGACCCCUGAUGCUUCUCACUUCACCUGAGCCACGGCCAGCCAGCCAGGCCUCCACCUAUGCAACAUCACCUUGGGCCCCCCUUUGCCCUUCCUCCCCCCUCCCCCACCACUGGGGGCUGUGUGGACCCCCACCCCCGCCUGUCAUCAGGUCAAGCUUUAUGUUUGGGCAGACAGGGCUGAGUGAGGACGGAGGGGGCCGGAGAGGGGGUCAGCCGGGUGGGAGGCGAUGGCUGCCUCCUCUCCCCGCCUGCUGGCACGAAGCGGCCUGCGCCCCGAGUCUGUGCUCCUCGGGGGUGCUGGCAGUCGGAGCACCCCCUGUCUCCUCUGAAUGGACAUCUGUGAGGUACAGGUGGUGAGCUGUGGCCUCAGGCGCCAUCUCUGGGCCAGCUGGCACCUGGCUGGCCGGCCCUCCUCCUGGCUCCUCCUCCCCCAAGGCGCAGCCCCGCCACAGAGCCCGGCCUUGGAAGAGCAGACAGGAGCCCUGUUAUUCUUUUUUUGCCUGUAUCGACCAUCUCUGCCUCGGUCUUCUCACACAGCCUCACCUCCCACACACGCACAGACUUAGAAAGAAACCAAUUCUUUGGUCUAUUUUCUUGGUAGCUUUAUUGAUUGCCGAGGAAAAUGAAAACCCGAAAAUUAAUUAAUCUAAAAUUAAACUUUACACUGAAUGUUCUUGUUUCUGUAAUUAGAACCUCUGCUAGCAGCUGUGGCUACACACACACACACUCACACUCACACACACCCUCACACCUACACGUUUGCACUCCGGAACUGUCAGAGGGUGUCGGGUAGAGUCUAGGUCGCCGAGACAGGCACGCACACACAGUCACUCCCAAGCCCCCUUCGGUGCUCUGCUCAGCGCCUGCUUGUUGGAAGGAGUCCCAGCAGAGCAGGCACCCCCUGGGGCUGAGGCUAUAGCCCCGGGUCUGAAGGUUCUGGGCUCCUCUGCUCAAGGAGGAUGGGGGAAUUGGGCUCCGCCUGAACCCAGUGGUCAGGGCCUCUUGGGGCCCCCUGGGCUGAGCUGGUUCUGUUGGAGGCGGCCGCAAGGGUGCGCAGCUGCAGAGUGCGAGGGCUCAUGCAGGGCCCCUGGCAGGCCUCCAUGUCUCCUGGGGACAAGGGCUUGAGGGGCGGGCUGGGCCUGGCUCGGGAGAAGACAGGUCUCUGUCAAUUGGGUGCAUCACACUGUGGCCUUUCCGUUGUGGAUUUCCAAGCGCAAAGAUUGUACAAAUCGAACUGGUGGACAAUAAAGUUGUAGAUGACUCACUGA